UGGAAGAACUGCAUAUUAGUCAGAUUAAUGUAGAAGACUGGAAGAACAUCCCAAAAUGUUUGAAAGCAGCGAUUUUAGCCAUCAAAGAAAAAGUCUUGCAAAUGGAGGUCGAUUCUCUUCAGAGAUUUGCUACCAUCACACAUAAUAUUAAAUAGAUGUGAAAAAGAAGUAAGGGUUAUUCCAAAGCUCCAACACAAGCUAGACAACACUGCGAAUAUGUUCAUCCAGGAGUCCCAAGAGUUGAGAAAGGACUUAAAUCUCUCUAAAAUACAAACCAUCAAAGUCGUUGAAUAAAGAUGCUUGAAGAGAGAGACGAGAGGUUAGAUUCCUUAGAAAACAACAGAAAUUCUAUCCUACAAACUAUCAAAAAUUUCGGAGAUGUCUCAGCGAUCCCUUCUCUUAUUGACUCAAAAAUUUUCGCAGCCAAAGAGGAGCUUCAGGAUAAGAUAGGCAAGCAAACUGUGGUGAUUGACUACAAGUUCAAGCAACUAGAAGCUUCAAUGCCUUCAAAGAUCGCUACUCAGUGUUUACAAGUCAAGGGGCUGAUUGGGCACAGGCAAAAGUUCACCAGUUAUACUGAUUUUGUCGAGAAAUCUAACCAAUAUUUGGAGCAAAUUGACUCGAAUGUUGAUGAUGUCAGAAAUCGCAUUUGAAAAAUUAUGUCCGAUAUUGAUUCAAAGAUCUCCCAUGUUAUUGAUAAGGAAACUAAGCCUUUCAGGUCACAAACAGUCUCCCAAUUCGAGUCCCUCCUAACCAAGAUUGAGGCUUUAACAUGUCAAAUGCAAGUCAGAGAGAACUAAAUUCGGAGUUUUAAGGCAAGAAUUAGAUCAGAUCU